GGAGAAAUUGGUUGAGUUGGGUUGAUCCAUGGAUUGAAAAAAAAGGAAUUUUCGGCAUCUCUGUCAUCUUCGUAUUCAUACAAAAUUAAAUAACAACGUUCAAUAAAUAGUUGAUCGAAAUUUUGUUGACAAUUGAUCUUUAUAUCAUUCUUACAAGAGUUUGUUUGAAUAAUAUUUUUCUUCUUAUCAGAUUCUUUCAUCUAUUCAGAGUUUUACAUUUCCUAUAUAAGAAAUUUUUCAUGAUUAUAUCUUAUUUUGACAAGAGUACUAGAACUAAUUAUUCAGCUCAUUAUUGACAUGUCAAUGAUUUCUUUUCAUCUCCUAGGGCGAACAAGCAUGAUUUUAUACAGUGAAAUACCGAGUAUAUACGGUCGUCUACGACUGUAUACGGAUUUCGUAUACUUCAUCAUGGACUCUUAUGCCAUCUGAGAAUAAUGAAAGUUAAAGUCGACACAGUAUACAAUGUAUUAAACUAUGCAUAAUACAUGGUUGAUUUUACUCAUCAGGAUGAUUAGUUGCUCCUAUUCAUCUUUAGACAGUGAAUCUUCUCUUCUAUAGAAGGUAUUCAUCAAUGAUGUAGAUUAUCACUUUUUUGUAUCUUUCGUUUGGGUUUUAAAAUUUUCUCUUUUCUUUUCUUGUUGAUAUAUAACUAAUAGAUUGUAUUGUAGACAAGAUAAAUGUAUUAAGUUAUUCAAUGUAUUUAUUUUUUUUUGUUUGAAAGAGCGCGCGUCAAAACGCAGUGCAGUACAGAGCGCUUUUUUAUUAUACUGUAUAUAUAGAUACUUAUAUAACUCGUUACCCAUUUUUUAAGAGUUCUUUUUUUUGGGUCAUUGAACUUUCGAUCCCUUUUUUUUCCGAAAAAAAAGUAAGUAUUUAAAAAAAAGGGCUCUUUACUGUACUGCAUCCUGACAUGCUCUUGCAAAUAAAAAAAAUUUAAAUAUAUUACACGGACCUUGACUGAGAAAUUUGGUUUGCCAAAUGAGCAAUUUUUUACACUUGUUUGGUUAGUAUCUCACUCAAACAUCAUGAUACAAGGCUGAAAAUUUUACCGUAGCUUUUCCACAACAGCUUCAAGAUAUCCUGAAAAUUUCAUGCCAUUUGCACGUAUCUAGGCUGAGAUCGAUUUUUGAGGGGAAAGAGGCCUGAAAAUUCAGAAAGCAUCAAUAAAUUUGUUUCUUCUCUAGUCAAGUCGAUUACAUUUGUAAAAAAAAAAGAGAAACAAAAGAAAUGAGAAAAAAAAGGAUACUGUACAUCAUUGACUAACAAAUUUAAUGCAAGAGAAUAGAAAGGAGAGAAUUCGUUCUUAGCUAUUUAUCUGUGCACAUCAGAUAUUUUGUUUUCUUCUAUGGGAUACGGAAUAAGCAAACUAAGAGUAAAACUCAUUGGUUUAAAUAGUUGGAUGUCACAAAAAGUAAUAACGAGAAAACGUAUAUAUGAAUAUCGGUCGUUGACACUAGUUAUUUUCAGCAGAGAAGAGAUAUAAUUUGCACACACACACACAACACUGCAUGAGGAUGAGGAUACAGUGCCUAAUCUAAACUGUAAUACCUAAUCGUUUCGUUUUUUUCUGUCAUGUAUUCUGUGUUUGUAUGGUAGAAUUACUAAUCUAUUCUUGUUCUUCAAUAAUAUCUGGAUUUGGUCUCGCUACCAUCGCUAUAAAUAAUAUACUUAUCUUAUCAUAAGUUAUCAUUCAGUAUAUAUUUUAUUCUUCUUCCUUAUAUCAUUGACGUAGCAUUGGACGGUUAGUUUUUUGUGCAUAGUCAAUUGGUAAUACAAGAAAAUGAUUUCUAAGUACAAUAUUUCGAUUGUAUCAAUCGUUCUCAUGGCAAUAUUAUGCUGCUGGGCGACGACAAAUGUCGAUGAACAAUCGAUUAAUGACAAGAAAAAUAUUUCAAUGAUGACAAACAAUAAAGAUAAUCAUGUUAAGAACUUCAAUCAACAGUAUAUAGAAAGAUUUAAAAAAAAAAUAUAUAUUUUUCUUAUCAUUUUUAUUUUUUUAUAAAUAGAACUGGAAAAUACUUUAAUUAUCUUCGUCUUCCAGAUGGUGAAUGCCAUAAUUGUUCAACAUAUAAAUGUACCAAUCAUAAGUUAAAUAUGGGUGGUUCGGAAUGGUGUAUCAUGUUAUUUCCUGAUGCUCUUGUUCAUUGUGAUUCUGAUCCAAAUUGUGGUGGAUAUACAAUGACAACAGCUGAAUGGUUUCAUACAAAAUAUGAUAAAAAUGGACAAGUAGCCGUUCAUUUGGCUAAAUCUGGACAAAAAUCUUUUGCUUGUUCAUUAUCCGAAUGGAGCAGUUAUGAAAAACAAAAUACUAUUCGUGAUGUUCCUGUAAUCUAUGGAAGAUCAACAUGUGGAAAUGAAAAUCAAGAUACAUGUGAAAAGUCACAGAAUUUUAACUAUGUAUUUGUUAGCAAUUCAAAUGCGGUCGAAAGUAUUUCACCAUAUUUGUGUUACAAUCAUCCAAAUCGAUUUGAUAAUAAGGAUCUCAAGUGCAUUCUACCAAUUGUCGAUGGUAUGACACUUUGCAAUUCAGAUAGUCAAUGUGAAGGAUUUAUGAUCAAUACAGAUGACUAUUGGCAAAAGAAGUUUUUCAAUAAUGGAAUGCAAGCAGUACAAUUGUUUGGAAAAGAUGUUACAUAUAUGCCAAGUGAAACAUGGCGUAGUUUCAAAAAACAAUAUUAA